AUGGCUUUCAUAGUGAAAAACAUACUGAGCAACCAGGUGAAAAAUCUGGGACUUGGUGGUGGGACUGAAGAGAAAAAGGAAGAAAAAGCGGCUCCCACUGAUCCUGCCACAGCUGCUGGGAUGACUCGAGAGGAAUAUGAGGAAUAUCAAAAGCAGUUGAUAGAGGAGAAAAUGGAGAGAGAUGCUGCGUUUACACAAAAAAAGGCAGGCAGAGCCAUUCUGAGGGUUCACUUGAGAGAGAAGUACCGGUUACCCAAGAGUGAAGUAGAUGAAACUCAGAUCCAACUGGGUGGCGAUGAUGUCGACUUGCCAGAAGACCUGCAGAAAAUGGUGGAAGAAGAUCAAGUAGAAGAAGAAGACAAGGAUUCCAUUCUCGGGCAGCUUCAAAGUCUUCAGAAUAUGGACAUAGAUACCCUCAAAGAAAAGGCCCAAGCGACGUUCACAGAAAUGAAGCAGGCGGCUGAAGAGAAAUGUUCUGUGAUGUAA